GUUGUAGUUCUUGGGGCCCGGCUGGGGACGCCGGGAAAGACCAUUGGUCUUACUUGGUCGCGGCCGCUGCCACCAUGUCCCGCGUGUCGGUCCCUUGUCAUGUGAAAGGUACCGUGGCCCUGCAGGUGGGCGACGUGCGGACCUCCCAAGGCCGGCCUGGCGUGCUGGUCAUCGAUGUCACCUUCCCCAGCGUCGCGCCCUUCGAGCACACCUCAACACACACUCCAGCCAAGUGGGUGACCUGCCUUCGGGACUACUGCCUGAUGCCUGACCCACACAGUGAGGAGGGAGCUCAGGAGUAUGUAUCGCUGUUCAAGCACCAGAUGCUGUGUGACAUGGGCAAAGUACUGGAACUACGCCUGAUUCUGCGACAGCCAUCACCACUGUGGUUGUCUUUCACGGUGGAGGAGCUGCAGAUCUACAAACAGGGACCAAAGAGCCCUUCCAUGACCUUCCCCAAGUGGCUCUCGCACCCAGUGCCUUGUGAGCAGCCUGCUCCCCUUCUUGAGGGUCUCCCAGACCCCAGCAGGGUAUCAUCCGAGGUACAGCAGAUGUGGGCGCUGACAGAGAUGAUCCGGGCCAGUCAUACCUCCACAAGGAUCGGCCGCUUUGAUGUGGAUGGCUGUUAUGACCUGAACUUGCUCUCCUACACUUGAGCUGUGGCCCUUAGUCAAGACGUUGGCCUUCCGUGCCCAUCCAGGCCCAGCUUGGGCCAUCAGAGGCUGAAGUGCUGUCCCUGUGCAUUCCGAGUGUUGCCUGCAUGCGCAUUCUGUCAGGACCACGUUCACAGAGUCAAGAUUCUUGGGGGCUCACUGUGUUGCUUUAGCAUGAACUCCUGGAGGGGAUACGCUCUGUCCUCACCUGACUGCAACCCAAACCUCCUCCUUCGCCCUCCCUAAAAACACUCCAGUUCUAUUCCUAAGAAUCCCCCUGUGCCCUCUGUCUCCCCUGCCAACAUGAACAUUGCUGUCUUCUGCCUGCUCCCUCACCCUGAGUGUAGUAGGCUGGGGUAACCUACUAGAACCUGCUCUGUCUAGCCUUGGAAGACUGCUGUAACUUGGCAGUCGUAGUUUGGAAGCUUGAAGGAGAAACAGGAGCCGCGUUUUUCCUUCUGCGCCCCCUAAUGGUCUUCUUUCCCUUUGUAUUAUGCCCACAAAAAGAAAAUUCCUAUCUAAACUCUUCUGCUGCUUGCCUGGGGAGCCACACAAAGCUGGGAAUUUGGGCAGCCUGAGUCCCUUGGUGCCUGAGUUGGCUCCUGGAUGUGUGUUCAAAUGGGUCUGCCCCCAUCCAUCGGGUCUGGGCGGGUGCCCUGGGCAAGGCUGGGGCCUGAAAAUGAGUCCUGGGACCUGUCUGCCAUCUGACAGAGCCCAAAGCGCAUCCUUGUCCCUCUUCCAGUUGCCCCCAUCUAAGAGCCACGCUCAGUGUGAUGAGAGAUCAACCUCGGUGGUGGUGGUGGGGGCCAGGUGAGGGUUCUCAUUGGUGUCUUUUAAGAGGCUGAGGUUUUCUACAACCCCAGGCCAGCAGCUGAAUAAGACAGGCUGCUGCUCCUUAUGAGAAAAUCCUGCUUCUCUCUGUUUUUUCCUGGCUUGCUUCUGGGGGCUGUUAUGAGGCAGUACUGCAACAUGUGUUGGACCUGGAAAAUUGGAUGUUUGUGUGGCUCAACAGCUUUCUAGGGGAAGGGCAGCCACUUUUUGGUGGCCACCUUCUGAUGUCACCUAUCAGAGUUCUUGUAGGUGGUAUCUGCCUGCAGGGUCAUUUACUAAGCCCCAUUCAGCUUUUGCUAAGAGGGUAAUGAUCAGUCUUGUGCUCAGGGAGUAGCAGCUCUCAGUGUGUAUGUGAGUGAGGGGGGAGGUCCCUGGGAUGGCAGGGACCCUGCUUCCUGCACAGCUCUGUCCCCAGCACAGGGCCUAGUGUGCAGCAAGAUCAAUAAAUACUUGUGGAAUGCAUCACUGUGCCCGCUGCCUACGUUUGCCCGGCGAGAGAGCUGGAGACCCUCACAUGAGGCCAGGUUACUGUGGCACUCUGCCUGCCGGGCUGACUCCACCCUCCUGUGCCCUCUCCAUCCCUUACCCUCCCCCCAUUCGACCUUACACUCCUAUUGUCCUAAACUGGUGAUUCAGGCCUUUCAGCCCUUUGCAGAACUUUGGCCCUUUGGAGGCAGGGCAGUCAGCAGGGGGAGGUCUAGCCCCCAGCUCUAUUUCUGAGUGGCUUAACUGGCUCCAACCGCCCAAUCUGCCCUGAUCAGAUGGAAGCGCCCGGGGCUAUUUCCCUGCAGCUGGGAGUCAACGCACUGUGUGCUCUAAAGCUGCGUCUGCCCUUGGGGCUGCCCACUCCCUCUUCUGAUCCCCUGGGCGGGGGAGAGACCUAGCUAAGCAGGGCUUGGACUACAUCUCCCAGCGUGCCUGUCAGAGUGGUGGCCUCUGUGCGUCGGCUGCACCCGUUGCGGGCAACAAUGCAGCGGGCUGGGAGCAUGAUGUCCCGUCUGGGCUCGUGUCUCCAGGCGCUCCCCUCGGCCCUGCGCCGUUCUCUCAGUAGUGCACAGGUGGGAUAGAGGGUGCUGGGUUGUGGUGCCAGUCUUGGAGGGUGGGGGAGGAAGAGGGCUGGGGCCUGGGGCCUUGGUGGCACUGAGCCCGGCCGCCCGCAGGACGUGCUCCGCAGGACACCACUCUAUGACU